AUGCCUCAAACUAAGUUGCCAAGUUGUAAUACAAAAUUUUUCAGAAACCUCAUCCUAGCGGAUCGGCACUACGACCAACCUGGCCCCAUUGAAGUAUUGCUUGGUGUCGACGUAGUUUUUCAAGUAUUUAUCGAUGGCCAAAUAACACAUCCAUCACAGACGCUAGUUGCCAAAAAUACACUAUUCGGCUGGGUUAUAGCACCUGCUAUUGAUUGUCCAACUGAUAUAAGUGUAAUGCAAGCGUCUGUUGCUGACCUUGAUAGCCUCGUGAGAAGCUUUUGGGAGCAAGAAAGCCUUAUUGAUGGCAAGGUAUCAAGGGAGAGUGCGGAAAGUCUUAUCGAGGGGCACUUUCGUCAGCAUUAUACAGUUAGUGAUGAUGGUCGAUAUAUGGCAAGUUUGCCAUUUAAUCCGAACGUAUCAUUGCUUGGUCAAACACGCAACAUCGCAAUGCGCAGGCUACUUGCUAUGGAACGACGAUUUAUGCUUGAUGCGCAUUUCAAAGCCCAAUAUAUAGACUUCAUGUGCGAAUAUGAAAGGUUAGGGCACAUGACGCGUAUCCAAUUUAUGGACUCUGACAGUGAAUCGUAUUUUCUGCCACAUCACGCGGUCCUUAAACCAUCUAGUACGUCAACUAAGCUACGUGUGGUGUUGGACGCGUCAGCUAAGCCUCCUACGGGAUAUUCACUCAAUGAUUGCUUAUUAACCGGUCCAGUCAUACAGAAUGAUCUAUUUACAAUACUAGUACAAAAGCGCAAAUGUAUCGACAAAUCCUGGUAA